CAACCAGUUCCCUCUUUUUCUGGCGAGUCUCCGUUGCGAUUGGCCUUGGAUUACAAAUGCAGCAAUAUCUCCCAAUCAGAGAGAUGGAUAGCCCUUGGAACCUAUACACAGUACAACGUGGGAGUUUUGCGACAUCCUUAGCGCAGAUGUCCCUCCAAAACUACCUAGGUUACGGCACGAGAUUUAGGGCCGGCAAGAUCGGCAGAAUGGCUACACACCGAUAUGAAUGCGGAACAGCGCCGUCCUCAGAGAUGUGUGGAAGGAAGGCUGUUCCUCUUUUUCCGUUCUCUUUCUGCUCUGCUGCCUUCUCUUUUUUCCUCUCUACUCCUUUUCCCAUCUCGCCUCGCCGCGCUAAAUAAGCGCAUAGCCAAGAACCCGAGGAUACUCGCGCGUUAGCAUCUAUGCGCGAACAAGAAGAGAAGGAUGUGGGUGUGGCGCCAUCAUCCACAGGGAAAUCCGCGCUGGAGAGCGAGGACAUCGAGCGCCAAUCCCUCUGCUCAGUGUCAACCGCCUCGCCCUCGUCGUUGGACGACGCAGUAGAGUCCAUCAACCAAACACUCAGUCGCAAUGCUGGCCUCGUCGAAGAAGAGGCGGAUAAAGCGCUGUCCCACACCGCUACUAAUAUGACUUCCGACCCGCGAUUCGAGGUUGACUUUGAUGAAGGAGGGGAGAAUCCCAAGGACUGGAGUAUGGUUAGGAAGGGAUUGGUCAUGGCCUUCAUGUCCUAUUCCACAUUGAUCGUGGUGAUGUACUCUACUAGCUACACGAGCGGUAUCCCCGGGAUGGAGGUGACCUUCCAAACAUCAAAAACUCCCCUCGUCUUAGGCAUCACCACCUACCUAAUCGGCAUGGCCCUUGGUUCGGUGAUAUUAGCACCACUUUCUGAAAUGUAUGGCAGAAGGCCCGUUUAUAUCAUCUCCGUCUUCCUCUUCAUUGUCCUUGUCAUUCCGGCUGCACUGGCACAAGACCUUGCAACAAUCCUGGUGGUCCGAUUUUUCGGCGCCAUAGCCGGUGCGGCACUUAUUACAAAUUCGCCGGGCAGCGUGACCGACAUUGUCACUGACGAGUAUCGUGCUCUAGCGUUUUCCUUAUGGAGCAUAGGUCCAAUGAAUGGCCCAGUCGUGGGCCCUCUCGUUGGAGGCUUCGUCUUUCAAUAUAUGGGCUGGAGAUGGACCAACUGGAUCGUCGCGAUAGCGGCAGCCCCGUCCUUUCUGAUGGUUCUUGUUACGAAAGAGACCUAUGGUCCCGCCAUCCUGCGGGCCAAAGCGGCCAAGAGGCGGAAGGAGACGGGGGAUGAAAGAUGGCACUCGCGCUACGACGAUCGUCAGAAGUUCUGGCCUAUGCUUCGCGAGAAUCUGGUUCGCCCAUUCUCGAUGGCUGUGAAAGAACCCAUCUGUAUCUUCUGGAACGUCUACAUCGCGCUUGUCUACGGCGUCAUGUACCUCUGCUUUGUCUCCUACCCCAUCGUCUUCGCCGAACUUCGAGGCUGGAGUUACGGCUUCACAGGUCUGGCUUACAUGGGGAUCGGAAUCGGUUGCAUGAUAACUAUCAGCAUGGAACCCCUCAUAAGGCGGAUGAUCAACUCGCACAAGCCCGAUCCUCAGACUGGCAAGCCGGCCCCGGAAUCCAUGAUUAGCGUCGUUUGCAUCGCUGCCAUCGCCGUCCCCCUGGGAGAGAUUGCGUUUGCUUGGACUUGCCCGCCCAACAUCCACUGGAUUUUCCCACUCCUUUCCGGCGUCCCAUUUGGAGCAGGCAACGGCGCCAUUUUCGUCUAUGCGUCCAACUAUCUCGUGCAUUCCUACGGAAUCUACGCUGCUUCUGCCCUUGCCGGAAAUGCCGUUCUCAGGAGCGCACUGGGAGGAACACUGCCACUGGCUGGCCCGAAAAUGUACGAAACCCUCGGGCCCCGGUGGUCGGGCACCAUGCUGGGCUUGCUGGAAGUCGCAAUGAUCCCCAUCCCAUUCGUUUUCUACAGGUACGGACACAAGAUCCGCGCUAGGUCCGACUUGAUUCGCCGCAUGCGCGAGGAUCAAGAGAAGCUUGAGACUAAGAAGAGGCGCGCGGCGGAGAGAGAGCAGAGGAUGCAAGAGAGGGAGCCUGUGGCUCGUGAAGAGAUUAUGGUCAGCAAGGAGAAGCUGGACGUCUGAGCUCCGUUUGUGGUUUGACGGCUUGCAAGUUUAAUCUUUGAAUUUUGGGUGCUGCAUUGGAUGGCGUUGAGUAUGUGAGUUCCGCACUCUGGAUUUGUCUCUUGUCUCUUCCGCUUUCGAUAUUUUAAUGCAUUAGAGCUUUUGUCGGUUAGGAUACCUUCGUGCUUCUGGAGUGUCGAAGUGAAUUUGCAUUCUUAAUUCAUUGUUUAGCUUGAACGUUGAUGAGCAGAGCAGCGUGGAAAUGAAUUUUGUUCGAGUUGCCAGGGAUGUCACAAAUUAUAAUAGUGGAAAUGGUGGACAUC